AUGUCUGCCUCACAUGUCGUGGAUCUCCUUAAGACGUGCAGGGAGCUCUACGAGAAGGACGCAGUAGCAGCUGACCUCGAGUGUGCCUUACCGAGACUAUCAGAGGUUGUUCUUUCUCCCGGUUCCGGUGAGAGGGCCUUUAUUAGACAGCAUACGUUCAAUCUGCCCCCUGCCCUGACUACGCUUGGUAACAACGUUGAGCGGCAGCUGCGUAUGGGGUUUUUGCCCGAAAUCAACUACGUCUGGACUGCGAUUGAUAAUGAACUUAUUCUCGUUGACCUCAUCGACAACCGGCGCAUAAUUAGGUUGGAACUAGAUGCUUAUAUAGAUUGUUGUUUAAUAAUUACUCCAGCUCCCUUAACGUUUGCUGUGGAAACGCGGUACCUUUUGGCCGUAGCGCUUACAAACCAAAUUAAGCUCUAUCCAGUAACCUACCCAAAGGCCACCUCCACGCUCAACAACACAGCAGUGCAACCUCCCGCUAUGUCUCGUGGUGCGCCAAGCAUAGAUACCGACGUAACCACAAAAGCGUUUCUUCAAAGGAAGACAGUCUCCUUCGGUGUUAGGCUGUCGGCAGCUGGCUCCUCAUCUGAAGAGACCCUAGCAGCAACUUUGCAGCAAGAAAGGUUUAUCAUCGCUGAGUCACAACUAAGCGUAACCCUACCCACGGAUGCCGCUGUAACCCAGUUGGUUGGUACUCAAACAGGCAGACUCUUCGCAGGAUUAACAACCGGGUCUCUCAUAGAAGUGGUAUAUAGUUCUCAAAAUGAGGGUCUUCUCUCAAAUAUUGGACUUCUUUCGGCAGCAAGAGGUAUUUUGCCUGGCGGCUUUUCUUCCAGUAGUGCUGGAGUCGGCAGGGCUCGGUUGAUAGAUCAUACGUCUAUCCCAGUCUUGUCGCAUGUUCCCUUUAUUUCAGACCUUUUACGGCCCAAGCCCAUUAAACAGGCAGUAGUAGAUGAUACCAGAGGACUCCUGUACACACUUCACGAAGAUAACAGGAUCACCGUAUAUGUCUUUGAUGACAGCUGCAUAUCAUCUUUUCGCAAACUAAAGCCAUACACCUCAUUCCAGAAGGAUCUAAGCAUGUAUUCCAACGACUCCCAGGCAUCCAUUGUACAAAUUUGGCCAAUCACUUUAUCAGAAAGCGUAACCUUCACUUUAGUUGCAAUGACCGAUACAGGACUAGAGCUCUAUUACAGUCUAUCGGCCUGCGGGGUGGCCAAAGACACAUACACACUCAAAAAUGAGUACUAUGCGGACUUCAUGGCUGCAAUGGGCAAGCAGGAUGCAAAGCACAAUCAGGCAUACGAUUUCAACUAUGACAAACUGGUCCUCAAACAGGUUAGAACGCCAUUCCAAGGCAUCAGAAGCCUUGUUGGAUCCUCGUGCAUAAGCUUUUUCCGUUCUCGUGGACUCUCUGUUGCCUGUUUCUUCGAUGAUGUAUCCCAGCAAAGUGCGGUGUGUGGAUCUGUGAACGAGAUUUCUGUCCAGCCACGUGUCCAGAGGUGCACCAGAGAACUGUUGCUUGAUGUCUUUAGUGGAGGUCAGACGCAAGUGGGCGCUACUCCACAGCCACACCAGCAGAAGAUCGUAGACGUAGUAGAACUGGAUUCUUCCCAAGCAGGGAGCCUCGCACUUUCCACCACAUACCUUUCUUCGAAUCCUCAGCUUUACCAAUAUAUUCACUCUCCACGUACAAUAGCCAUCAUUACAACCUCGACAAUAAUUGUUUACAACAUUUCUACUCCACUAGAGAGGCUCCACGCACUCCUGCGCGACAAAGUUGAUGUCUCAAAGCAAAGGGAUCUCUAUGGAGAUCACGAAUUCUAUUGCAUGCUCCUUGCUAUUGCUUCUCAAUACUCGUCUUCGAAAGUGUCAGAGUGUGCGACUCAGCACUUCUUUGAGGGCAUGACUGCAGUUAACUGUGUCCAGAUUGCAGCUUUGAAGCGUUACAUUGCCCGCCUAAUGGGUCCGUUGUCGAUAUACCCUUAUUGGAAGGGGGCUCCAGUAACUGCUCCCCGCGCUUAUGCGAUUCAAAGUGGUGAGUCAGAUAACAAAGAUGGAGCAGUGCACCGCCUAUCGACAUUCUUCUCUAAAGCUACACAACGAACAGAGAGCGAGAAUACAGUCCAAGGAGGGGCUGCCUACACUGAAAAGAAAAGGUCGCAUUCAGCAGCACGCCAAAGGGUAUGCAUAGACUUCAGCGAAGAGGGUCGUCGCGCUUAUAAAGAGGGUAUCAUUGAUACGCACCCUGCAAACCGGGCUGUAUCUACAUCCCAUAUAAGUACAAAGUCCAUCUUCCGUGCGUCGUCGACUAGACUAUCCACCACCACACUCACAAAGAAUCUUUCCUUUCAAGCCUCGACUCAAGGGGUCCCUCUCUUUCUGGAUAGCUCUCACACAAUGGCAUCCUUGACGUGGACCAUGGACGAGCUUCUAGGUGUUAGAGAACGACUCAACCAACUGCUGCGCUUUAUGCAAAUCAACUACAAUCGAUUGAUUGUUGUGGAUAGCGCACAGCAAGACGCUGACAAGGUGGAAACGAUCUUUGAAUCAUUGGGAAGCAUCUCAGAAGCAAUCGGAUUCGUCAGCCUAAUCAUUCAUCCGUCCAGAAUAAUCUAUGCUAGCACGUGCUUGAACAACUUUGCCCGGCUCCAUGGACACCCAAUGGUAUUUUCAAGCGGACAUGAUGGCGCCAUGGCCACCCAGAAAAACAGCAAGAGGAAUAAGCAGCAGAGCGUGAAUACGCUUUCCACCAGUGUAUAUGAUGGCUUGUCGUGCGGCAUAUAUUGCGACCUUCUCUCUAUUCACGGCAUAUUUCUCCCUGAAACCCGGGUCCUUUUGGAUGAAAUUAUUCGUACACUCUCUGUAGGCGACGUGACAGAGAUUCCUGGGGCCUCCAGUAUUAGUCGCCAUAACCACUCGCUGUUACGGGCGGCGUCUUUGCGCUACGGCGUGAACUGUGAUUUUUCAGCGCAGCUCAAAGAGCACUGUCAGGUCCUGCACAGUGUCUAUAGUGUGCGAAUCCAGGUUCUGCAGCAGCUAGAGCAGGCCAAGAGACUACCUCCAGAGCGGCGGAAUUUGAUAAUUCGCAGGGCCAUAGAUACACUGGUGCGCUCUCAAUCAAGCAUCGAGCCCAUUGAGCCAAUCCUCGAUGUCCUGAAAGGGAUGGGGAACUUCUCCGCGUGCAUCGUACUGCUUCUAAUAAGGGUCUUUGAUGACGAAACUGCUUUAUUGGACGCUCUGGGAGAUGAUGGCAAGUUGGCUAGCAUCAAGGGGCCUCUCGGUAUUCAUGCAGAACAAAAUGCAGGGCUUGUCCAGGGAGCCUAUGGACACAAGGGUCGCGCAUAUAAUCUCAUGGCGCCUCAGGGGAACCCUCAAGGUUCUCCAGAGUUGGAAGGCUCGUUAAAAGACGUAUUUCACAAAGUUCUACAGACAAAUAUUAAUCGUGCAUAUGAUUAUUAUAAAGGUUGCUGCCAUCAGACAGUUGGCCAAGGGCCUUUUACACGGCUCAAGGAGCUUCAAGCUAGCAUAGACUCUGGAAUUGUCAAAUUCCCCUUUCAAAUUGACAACGGCUUUGAUGCGUUGGUACACAAUGAGCUUCUUAUGUCUACGAUUCCCAGGAAAGAUUGGCAAGCCUCGAUAUCAAAAGUUUGCAAUCUCUGCAGCAAAGCCCUUGAUAUCCUCAGUCAGGGCUAUCUUUUAGCAGGGAUAUACGAGCUAUUGAGACCCCAGGGCUCAGCUAUGCACGGAACCAACGGGUUGAGAGAUCUCUCCGGUGCUGCAUUCAGUCACUUUGGUGGAUACACCCAAUUUGGCAGGCCAGGCACCUUCACUGAAAUGGCUGCGGAUGUGGAGUCUGGAGUGCACGAUGCAGAUAGCCUCUUUGCUCUAACCGGCGUCCCCCUGCGGUCAAUCCAUACCGCCGCAAGCGCAACGUCGGGGACAGCGUCUGGACAGAUUGUCACCGUUCUUCGUGUGGCCAUUACUCAGUGUCCAUCCAAAGUCUGGCAGAUGCAGUUGUACUACUUCUUGUAUGCGCACUACUACACUGCAGCAUGCAUUUUGAAAGCUCUCCAAGAAGACUCACAAUGCGAUACAAGUGUAGCAGUAGUCACCGUUUUAAAGAUUAUUGAAAAUAGGGCCUCGCUAGGGCUAAUAAUGGCCGUCUCGCCUUACAUAGAGAGUUUCUUAAAGACGCAGAACUUUUACCUCUAUUUCAGGUAUUUGGAGAAACGCUCCAAUGACAAAAUAUGUGUUGCGAUGUUUAGAAAGGCCACAGAGGCAAAAACUCAGGCUAUCUUCCCAUCAAUCGUCAAUGGCACGGUCCAGCUGGGAUACCUGACGCUACAGGAUCGUAUCAACAUGUUAUCUGAUGCCCUUGCGAAGCUGGAGAGUGGCGGACUUGCACAGCCAACUAGUGCUCAGACGGCAUAUCGAACCGUUGGAAAUGCUCCAUUGGUAGGGGUGGAAAGCCAGCCGUUUGGUAUGUCGGGACAAUCCAGUGCCGCAGAUGCUACCUUCGGAGUGGAGGGAGCCAUGAGUGCAGCUUAUCCCAGAAAUAUUUAUGCCACUACAGACAAGGGUAGAGCAGAUGACCAGGGUGUUACCCCGCAGAAGCUCUUGGUGUCGAUUAAAGAAACCCUGGUCGCGGCUCGUGUGCAACUGGUAGUGCUUCGCAGGGUGCAGAACAUAAAGGAUGGGGAUGUCUCUAAAUACAUUACUCAGCUGGACACAGACGGCAUCAAACCGCUCCAAGAAUUAUAUACCCAGUGCGUAGUGCCCCUGCGAUUGAGUGACAUCGGGGUAUAUAUAUUGUUGUCCAGCGCAACGCCCAAUCAAGAGCGCUCAGCCCUAGGCGGCUAUUGGGUGGCUGCAUUGACGAGCACCACCCUCCCUGGCUUUGUCUUUAGACAGGAGAGUCUGCUCAAUGACCCCCACAGAGGCAUCACCAGAGGUAUCGUCCGCAGUGACAGUCUCAGUUCUUCAGAUCUUGAGGCAGCCAAUGUGAUUGGCCAGGCAGCUCAGGUGUUCCGGAGCAUAGUAGAGAUGUGCUCGGACCUGCAGCUGACCUCCUUUGACUUUGUCAUCCCUAUGACCAUUUUUGCGCUACUCACAACAAACAGGUACAAGACAUACGAUCCAAAGCAGCAAUAUGAAAGAUUGGCUGCCCAAUUUGUCCUGAACUUAUUUACAACAGAUGUUGUGACAAUACGCGAAAAAGCCCUUGUUGCCAACCUUAUACACAGCAUUGACUCUAUUUGGAAGGUGCUGGGGCUGCAUCAAGGUGGAGUAAGCACGGUAGGGAACACCCAGAUAGACACAGCAGCUGUUAUGGAAUCCAUACCUGUUCCUGAUCUUCUAAAAGAGGACUUCUCCUAUGUGUCAAAGGUUCUAUGCUACUACAUGAUUGCUCUCGUUCGCAAAUACAGCGAGCUGGGAUCACUGGGAUACGACCCCUCCCAAGCAUCUAUCAAUAAGAAAAAUAUAGGGAUGCGAAUACGCGCAUACCUACCGCCUAAUACUCCUAUCUUGGCGCAGCUCGACCGUCUAUGCAUAUGA